AUGCUUCCCCUUGGGACCUCUUCCCCACCUUGUAGAAUGGAUGAGGAGUUGCCAGAUGAGUUGCUCUUCAAAGACCAUGACUUCUCCUCUGACUUACUGAGGCAGCUCAAUGGCUUAAGGCAAAACAGGAUGCUGACUGAUGUGAGCAUCUGUACCGGGACCUGGGAGGUCCCCUGCCACCGAAGUGUGCUGGCCUCCAGCAGCCCCUACUUCAGGGCCAUGUUCUGCAGCAACUUCCGGGAGAGAAGUGAGCCCAAAGUCCAGCUGAGGGGCAUCGACCCCCCAACUCUGGACCAGAUCAUCUCGUAUGUGUACACUGGGGAGGUGCACAUCACGGCUGAGAACGUCCUGCCCUUGAUGGAGGCAGCCUCCAUGCUACAGUAUCCCAAGCUUCUGGAGGCCUGCUCCUCCUACCUCCAGAGCCAGCUGACCCCCGGCAACUGCCUGGGCAUGAUCAGACUCUCUGAAAUCUUAAGUUGUGAGAGCCUCAAGAAGAAAGCCAGGGAGGUGGCCCUGACGUGUUUUCCAGAGGUGGCUGCAUCGGCAGACCUGAAGGAGCUCUGCGUCUUGGAAUUGAGAGACUAUCUGGGGGACGACGGGCUCUGUGCGGAGGAGGAAAAGGUGUUUGAGGCCCUCAUGGUUUGGGUCAAGCAUGACCUCCAGGCCCGGAAACGACACGUGCAGGAGCUGUUCAAGCAAGUCAGGCUUCAGUACAUCCACCCGGCCUUCUUCCACCAUUUCAUCGCCAACAAUGCCCUCCUUCAGUCCUCGCCCUCAUGCCAGACCAUCCUGGAGACAGCCAAGAGGCAGAUGUUUGCUUUGCACAGUGCCACCAGUGCCCCAGACCUCCAACCUCCAUGGCAUGUCCCCCCAAGAACCUCUUACCAAGAUUUCCUCGUCCUCUUGGGUGGAAGGAAGGACAGCCAGCAGACCACCAGGGACGUUCUGCUGUACAACAGACAGACCGGCCAGUGGCAGAACCUUGCCAAACUCCCGACCCGGCUGUACAAGGCCUCAGCUGUCACUUUGCACCGCAGCAUCUAUGUGCUGGGAGGCAUGGCUGUCGGCACAGGGAAGAACAUGCCCAGCCACAACGUCUACAUCUACUCCCUGAAGCUCAAUCAGUGGAGGCUGGGGCAGCCCAUGCUGGUCGCCCGCUACUCGCAUAAAAGCACUACCCAUAAGAACUUCAUCUUUUCCAUUGGGGGGAUUGGAGAAGGGCAGGAGGUCAUGGGCUCCAUGGAGAGAUACAACAGCAUCUUGAACAUCUGGGAGAGUAUGGCCAGCAUGCCAGUGGGGGUUCUCCACCCUGCAGUCGCUGUGAAAGACCAAAGACUCUACCUUUUUGGGGGAGAGGACAUCAUGCAGAAUCCUGUGCGCCUUAUCCAGGUUUACCACAUUUCCAGAAACACAUGGUUCAAAAUGGAGACAAGAAUGAUCAAGAAUGUGUGCGCCCCUGCAGUGGUGCUGGGGGAGCGUAUUGUCAUCGUGGGAGGUUACACGAGGAGGAUUCUUGCUUAUGACCCUCAAUCCAACAAAUUUGUCAAGUGUGCGGACAUGAAAGACCGCAGCAUGCACCAUGGGGCCACGGUGAUGGGGAACAAGAUCUAUGUAACGGGUGGGCGGCGGCUGACCACAGAUUGCAACAUCGAGGACUUGGCCUCCUUUGACUGCUAUGACCCUGAGACGGAUACCUGGACAUCCCAGGGACAGCUUCCUCACAAACUCUUUGAUCACGCCUGCCUCACUCUCCAGUGCAUACCUCACACUCCCACCUUCUCAUGA